AUGGAUGAUGAAUUUAAUAUAACAUAUAUAACUCUUGAUGGGUAUGUGGAGUUGGACAAAUACAGGUAUAUAUAUAUUUGUAUUAUGUUUAUAGUAUAUAUUCUUACAAUCUUCUGUAACGUCAGCAUUUUGUAUACUAUCUGGAUACACAAUGACCUUCAUGAGCCUAUGUACAUUUUCAUUGCAGGUUUGCUAGUGAACUCUGUUUUUUACAGCACUAUUAUGUACCCAAAGUUAUUAGCUGACUUUUUAUCUGAAAAACGGACCAUAUCUUAUCCAACAUGUCUCUUUCAGUUUUUUAUAUAUUACUCAUUAAGUGCUUCAGAUUUCUUACUGUUGUCAACCAUGGCCUAUGACAGGUAUGUGUCCAUAUGUAAACCUCUGCAAUAUCCAACCAUCAUGCGUAAAACCACCGUGAUUAUUCUGCUGGUUUUAGCCUGGGCUGCUCCCGCUUGUCAUAUGGCAGCGGAAGUAAUCCUGAGGGCUAAUAUGAAACUCUGUCAUUUUAAUUUAAGUGGGAUUUUUUGUAACAAUUCAAUUUACAGUCUAUUCUGUGUGACUCCAAGUUCACUCACCAUAUUUAGUUUUUUUGCUCUGCUGAACAUGGGACUUUUACCUUUUGUCUUUAUAAUUUUUACUUACACCAGGAUCCUCAUAAUAACUUAUCGGAGCAGUCGAGAAGUCAAGAACAAAGCUGCACAGACCUGUUUACCUCACAUCAUUGUUUUAAUCAGCUUUUGCUGUUUGUGUGCGUACGAUGUCAUUACAGCUCGACUGGAAUCUGAUGUUCCAAAAACUGUUCGAUCGAUAAUUACUUUGCAAGCAUUUUUAUAUUAUCCUCUGUUCAAUCCAGUCAUAUAUGGACUGAAAAUGAAGGAAAUCUCUAAACAUCUGAAGAAGUUGUUCUGUCAAGCCAAAGUGAUCUAA